AGGACAAGUGCGACCCGGCCCCUCUACGUGUUUGUUUCGUUCAGUUUUUCAACUUUUUAGUAUAGUAGCACUUCACAUGGGUUUAAUUUCAGCUUUUAAGCAUGUGUCUUUAUGACCUGUUUAUUAAAAAUAUUAGGCCAAUGCCUACUUGUCCGUUUGCCAAGUUUGCGGUCUGUCAUGUCUGUCCACCAGUUCCUUCCUCAAUUGUAUGGCAUGAUUUGCCAAUAACGAUUGCCCCCAGCCUGCCACUGUUUCUGGUUGUGGAAAGUGUGUUUUAUGAGAUUUUGAGGAAUCCUUGUUUUAAAUACAGUAUUUGCUCCUUGUGCGGUAAAACAGAAAGAAAAAGCAGGCCCAUGACAAGGAUUUGGCAGUCACUGCCCCCAGCGAGUCCCCACACGUUGGGCCCACCCAUCAGGCUGUGGGUGGUUGCUGUACUCUUGAUGUGUCAGUCAUGGAAACCUUCAUCCUGCCAGAUUUCAUCCGCAGCUCCUAGCAACUGCACACUACUGACCAUGGCGACCAACCUGAACGUGGCUGAGGUUGGCAGUGCUGUUCACCUGCACUGCAGCCUGGCUGCCCCACCCGACCAGUCGGCGACAGGAAGCGGCAAUGCCAGCGAUGACCUGCAGUGGUUCCACAAUGGCAGCCGCCUGACGGGUGUCCUGAUCGAGGUGGUGGAUGCGGUCACCUCUAGGCUGACGCUGGAGAGUGUGGAAAUAGAGAACAGUGGACGGUACAGCUGCUGCCUCGCCCCUAACUGCACCGAGGCUUGCUCCACUAGUUUGGACCUCCUUGUCGGCAGGCCACCAGAGCCUGCGACUAAUUUGCAUUGCGAGAGCAACGACUUCCACUACGCAAACUGCACGUGGACACGGGGCGGACAGCACAGCAACCUUCCAACCACUGAUGUACUGCAGCGAAAGCCAGGGACUAGUACUAGCAGGGAACCAGAGUGGGCAUCAUGCAAAGCUUACGCAGCUUCUGUCUGUACAGACACAACCUGCUAUCUGACCUGCUCCAGAGGCAACAUGGAACACAAGUAUCGCGUCCUUUCGUCCAAUCAGCUUGCUACCGUCAGUUCGAGCAAUAUCACCUUUAGUCUUGACAAGGAGACGAGACCAAAUGCCCCGGUUGGCAUCAAGGUGACAAGCAGGUCGUCGUCCUCGCUUCACGUGCAGUGGUCGCUCCCCGUGAGGAUACACUCGGGGAUCCUUAUCGGGUUCUGCCUCCAGUACAAGUGGGAGGACAGCAGAAACAUCACGAGAGUCAAGGUUAACUCCAGGGAUAUGAGUUACACAAUACAAAACCUCACCCAUCCUCAUGGCUUGUACUGGGUCAGAGUUGGAACCUUUGCGAAGCAUGCUCGCCCCCCAAAAUGCUGGAAGCUCUCAGAAUGGGUCUCUUGUCGUACCUUGGAAGUUCGUCCCCGAGAUUCCCCUGGAAAUUUCACCUGUGAACUAGAGGAGUCAGUCCCUCAUGAUGGCAACAGUUCACUGAGUGUUAACCUCACCUGGACGCCCCUACCCAACCGGUUCGGGCAGAACGGCAAUAUUCUUAGCUAUCACAUCGUGGUCCACAACCAGAAAGUGAAGCAGUCAGUUGAGGCAGAAAUCAGACCCAACCGAACCAGCCACAGAAUGGAAGGCUUGCCAAAUGCCAGGCACUACAACAUCAGCAUACAGGCACAAAAUUCCAUCGGACUGUCGGAUCCCAGCUGGUGUGCUGUGGAGGUCACUGUACCAGCUCCAUCCUUGGUGUUGGUGUUUGUGUUCAUCGCUGUCUCUGUGUUAGUGCUUCUUGUGCCAACGGUGCUGGGUUUGAUCAGGAACAAACUCAAGAAAUGGCAGAGAUGGCCCAGGAUUAAGCUGCCCGAGCCUUUGAAUAACAACAUUGGCAAUAUUCGAGGUCACCGAGAGAGGGAGGUUUUUGAUGACUUGCUUCCACCAGAACAAGCUGAUGGAGUCGACUCCCAGGCUGCAGGAAUAUUCAAUGCAGGGGCCUGUCUUGGGGCCCAAGGAGGCGCUUGCGGUGGGAUUCAACCACUGGGGGCUUUGGCAUUGCAGGAUCUGAGCCAAUCCUCGGCAGGCCGUGAUAUGGAGGGCGUGGAUGUCAUCUCAACAGGCUUUCACCACUCAACUAGUGGACAAGUCAAGCUGCCUUCCUCGGGAACUUCCUCGCCCCACAGCCCGCUCAGCAUCGCCAGCGAAGGCAGCUACAUCGACCUGCCGUCAGGAAGGAUGAGGUGCCAACGGUCUCCGGGUCUGAGUUCCACAACAAUCCAAGACUGUGUAGCUUCAAGAUCUCAAUUCUUGUGGGAUGAAAGGAGCAUAGGGAAUCAAUCCUUAGGGCUGGGGGUCUUUGGUGAAUCAGGUGACCGCCCAUCUGCUGCAUCUGGCAUGCAAGAUAAGAGAAAAUGGCCUAAUGAAUUGCAGGAAAGAGCCCGAGACAUCAUUAAGGUGAGAUUAGGAGGGGGUUUAUUGCUUGUUCCCGAGGAACAGGAGCAGGGUGAGUGGGUCGGAACAGAAAGGAGGUUGUCAGCAUUGGAAGGCUCUACAAAUGCCCAUGGAGCUGCCACUGCAAGACUGAGAGAAGAACCCCAGGGAGGUUACUGUAGAAUGGGUCAGGUGCACUUGGUAGAGAUGCCUGCAGACGAGACAAGAGAAAGUGCACCUGCAUUAGAUUGCUGGAUGGUCCGAAUUGGCUCAACUGCAUCGACUGAAACUCCUAUUAGUCCCGAGGGAAGUGAAGGGAGUGUCUGGCCAGGGUGGCACAGGGAUGCAGGUGAAGCUGGCAGCAUUCUGUCUGACCAGGAACCUCUGCUUAGUCCAAGCUCUGACAUUUCUCUGCCAGUUGGAGCUUCAGCGUCAGUUCAUGGGGAUGCUGGCUCAAGGAGCUCUGGUCCCGUUAAAGACUUUGACAGUCUUAUGUAUAUACAAGUUUGCGCAGAGGGAAGUGAUGAGGAGAUUGAGAAUCAUGAAGAAAUAGGUGCAGCUUCUCAGCUUCCCAGCAGCCAGCCCCUCCAUGAUCCUGAUACUUCAGACACGCCAAGGAUCUCAGAAGUGUUGGACAACAGUUGCAGUGUCCAUUCUGCUGCUACUGCAGGACCAAAAGAAGAACCUCGAGGGGGUCACCUUAGGAUUGAUCAGAUGGGCUCAACAGUGGUGUCUGAGAAUGAGACGAGAGCAAGUGCUUCCCCAUCAGACUACUAUCGGAUUGACCGAUUUGGUUCCAUUGAAUCAACUGAAACUUCUGAGGGAAAUGGAGGGAGUGUUUGGCAGGGGUGGUACAGGGAUGCAGGUGAGGUUGGGAGCAUUCUGUCUGACCAGGAACCCUUGCUCAGUCCAGGCUCUGACAUUUCUCUGCCAGUCGGAGCUUCAGCCUCAUUUCAUGGGGCUGUUGGCUCAAGGAGCUCUGGUCCUGUCAAAGACUUUGACAGUCUUACGUACAUACAGGUUUGCACAGAGGAAAGUGAUGAGGAGUUUGAAGAGCAGAAAGAAACAAGUGCUGCUUCCCAGCAUCACACCGGCAGGCCUCUCCCUGAUCCUGAUACUUCAGAUGUGCCAAGGAACUCCAGUCAGGAUAUCAGCACUGAUUCAGACAGUCAUCUCUCAGAGGUGUUUGAAAACAGUGGCAGUGUCCUUUCAGCUGCUACUACUAAGCCCAAAGGAGAGCCUCAAAGGGGCUACGGUAGGAUGGAUCAGAUGGACUCAAAAGUGGUGUCAGAGAAUGAGACGAGAGAAAGUGUUACCUCAUCAGAUUACUAUCAGAUGGAUCAGUCUGGCUCCAUUGAAUUAAAUGAGACUUCUGAGGGAAAUAAAGGGUUGAGUGUUUGGCUGGGGCGGCACAGGGAUGUAGGCGAGACUGGCCGCAUUCUGUCUGACCAGGAACCCUUACUCAGUCCGGGCUCUGACAUUUCUCUGCCAGUUGGAGCUUCGGCCUCAGUUCAUGAGAAUGUUGGUUCAGGGAGCUCUGUUCCUGUCAAAGAUUCUGACAGUCUUACAUAUGUACAAGUUUACACAGAGGGAAGUGAUGAGGAGUUUGAAGAGCAAGAAGAAACAAGUGCUGCUUCCAGUCAGGAUAUCAGCUCUGUUUUAGAGGGUCCUCUCAAAGAAAUUGCGGAAAACUAUGGCAGUGCCCAUGCUGCUGCAAGACCAAAAGAACAUCAAGGGGGGCCACUCUAGGUGUAGGAUGGAUCAGAGGGCUCAAAUGUGGUGUCCAAGAAUGAGAUGAAAGUGUUUCCCAUCAGACCACAGUCGGAUGGACCAGCUUGGUUCCAUUGAAUCAACAGAGACUUCUGACAAAAAGGGAGUGAUUGGCCAGGGUGGUGCAGAGAUGGGGGGGGGGGGGCUGGCAGCAUUAUGUCAGAAGCCUCAGCUCAGCCCAGGAUCUGCCAUUGCCCUGCCAGUCGGAGCUUCAGCCUCCAUUCAGGGGGAUGUCGGUUCAGGGGGCCCCUGCCUCAUUCUUAAAGUUUUCACUAGUGGACGUGAUGAAGAGAUCGAUAAGGACCAAGAAGCAAGUGUUGUCCCGCUUUAAUCUGGGAGGUCCCUGCACCGUCUAUAAGCCUCAUCAGAUGGGUAUAGUAGCCCAACUCCAGACAAGCGCACUCACUGGAGGCUGAUUUCCAAGAAGGCCAUGCCACCCUAAAUGGUACCCCUGACCCCAGUAAAGAUAAAUGCCAAUGAAGAGGGGGAGGACUACAAAAGCAUACAUGCCACUUCAACUGAUUUGAGCUUCAUCUUGUGGGCAACGUGCCUGGGAGGUGACUGCCAAAGCGUUUUGGGUGUACUAUGUACAUGCUCUGGCCCACAGUCGGUACCCUUCCAGGUACCGAUAGCUGAGGUGGUGCAAACAGUGAGUGCACUCCCUACUGCGUUUUAUCCAAUGCUCCUUACAGAGUACUAAAGUCAUGUAGAAUGAUUAAAUGCCGUAAAAGGAAUGGAGUACAUGGGCACAUGGUUCACACGUUGGUUGUCGCGCUAAUACCUUUUACACACAUACUUGUGAGUUUGUUUCUGCAUUCAGUUGGGGACCCUGAACAAU